AUGAUGGCCAGACCAUACUGUGUGGUAGUGGCCCUACUGCUGCUAGCAGAGGUCUCCAGGCUGGGAGAAGGAGCUUCUAAUCCUGGGUUUGUGGUCAGGAUCACCAGAAAAGGCCUCGAAUAUGCCCGCCAAUAUGGAAUGGCCACCCUGAAGAAGGAACUGUCCACCAUCAAUGUGCCUGAUUUAUCAGGAAGCUUUGAAGUCGGUUGGAUGGGAAGUGUGAGUUAUGAGUUUAAGAGCACCCUACAGGGUACUUUUGAUCUGAGUGUGGAUGGUGUUUCCAUCUCGAUUUAUCUGAACUUGGGCGAGGAUGGGACUGGACGACCCACUGCCUCUGUGGCCCACUGCAGCAACUCCGUUGGCCACGUCAGCAUUCACGUUUCUGGAAACCUAAGCUGGAUCCUGAACCUCUUCCAUAGAAGAAUUGAAAACAAGUUAAAAGAUAUCUUGAAACAAGAGAUCUGGGAAAUCGUCAGGACGUCAACAUCCUCACACCUGGAGCCCUAUCUCCGGACUCUGCCAGUCACCUUGAUGAUUGACCAGGUUGCUGGCAUUGACUACAGUUUAGUAGGAGCUCCCCAGGUGACCUCCCAAGGCCUGGACACGCCCUUCAAGGGUGAAUUCUUUGGCCGAAGCCAGCGCUCCCCAGUCCCCUUUGAUGCUCCUCCCAUCAGGCUGCCCCAGCAGCAUGACCGCAUGGCCUACUUUGCAGUGUCCCAAUAUGUCUUCAACACGGCCAGCCGGGUUUACCACCAGGCUGGGCACAUGAACUUCACCAUCCGAAAUGAGGACAUACAGAACCUAACCGAGUUUCUCAGCGACCACUCAGCUAAAGGAUGGUGGAACCCAAGCUGUCUGGCCUCUGAGACCACGCCUUUCAUCACCACGAUGUCCUGCUUCUUAAGCAACUUCCUGCUUCUGCUGCAGAGUCCCCUGGACUUUCCAAUUCACUUGCACACCAAAUCACUAGGGGCUGUGAUUCCUCAGCUGGCCAGGUUGUACCCCAAUACAGAGCUAGAACUUGAGAUGUCACCUGAAUCAGCUCCAUUCUUGAUGUUCACCCCUGGAAAUGUUACCUGCAUGCCAGUGAUGAACAUCCAGGCAUUCGCCCUCCUGCCCAACUCUUCUAACCGCAAGCCACUCUUCCAACUCAGGGCGAGAACUGACAUCUCCGCCACCAUCAGUGUGAGCUCCGGCAGGGUCCAUGGCUCAUUGACCCCAGGAAGGCACCAGUGA